UCCUGAACAGGUCUUUGUUCUUGUCUCCGAGCUGUCUCACUCCUGUCACCCCUCCUGGUACUCGGCCAUUCGAACUAGGAGAGGUUUCUUAGAUUGCCCGUCAACCACUUCUUUGACAAAUAAGGAAAAACAAGGCCUGGAGAAGAAAGUGACUUGUUGGAGAUGACACAGCAGGAGCCUUGAUGCCUGUGCCCCGCUGAGCCACGAUGGGCGACUGGAGCUUCCUGGGGCAGCUCCUGGAGGAGGUGCACAAGCACUCCACGGUGAUCGGCAAGGUCUGGCUCACGGUGCUCUUCAUCUUCCGCAUGCUGGUGCUGGGCGCGGCCGCCGAGUCCUCCUGGGGCGACGAGCAGGCGGACUUCCAGUGCGACACGAUUCAGCCGGGCUGCGAGAACGUCUGCUACGACCAGGCCUUCCCCAUCUCGCACAUCCGCUACUGGGUGCUGCAGAUCAUCUUCGUGUCCACGCCGUCGCUGGUGUACCUGGGCCACGCGGUGCACCACGUGCGCGUGCAGGAGAAGCGGCGCACGGACGGGCUGGCCAUUGAGCUGGCGCAAGGCCAGGAGCAGACCCCCGGGGAGGGUUGUGUUCACACCGCGUAUGCCCAGAAGCCCGCGGCGCCCGACGGAGCCCCCGCAGGUAACCGCCUCCCCGAUGGCUACGAGAGGGACCAGCGCCGACUCAGCAAGGCCAGCAGCAAGGCCCGCAGCCGGGCCAGGUCGGAUGACCUGUCGGUGUGA